AUAGCACAAGACAAAGAAGGACAGAACUUGCAAUGAACAUCAAACAGAAAAAGUACAAUAGCCUUUCUAGUAUCAUAAACAUCAUUGUAGCUGUAAUCUUUGUUCCUCAGCAUUCAUGUCUGUGAACAUGAUGCUUCUUCUUGUGAUCCUUUUUGUUUUACAAAGUUUUCUAAUACCAACAUGCUAUUGCCAAACCAAUACUCCUCAGAAUAUCGAAAUAUUUUAUCCAAUCCAAACUCCAAAACCACCCUUUCCAAUCCAACCUCCUGAGUCACAACCAAAGCCACAAGCAUCACCACCAUCACCAGGACCAGUAGCUGCAUCAAAAACCUCUUCAUCAAGCAGUAAGAUCGGAACAGCGGUGGCUGCAACUGCAGCAGGUACUCUAGUUGUUUCUGGUUUGAUUUUCUGCUUGGUCCAAAGGUGCUUCAGAGCAAGGAAGAGAAAGGAGGUCACAAACAACACUGCUUCUGCCGUAGAUAGGCGCGUUGCACCUCAGGUCAACGUGUUUGAGAGAAUGGAAGGGAACGUCAAGGGACUAAUUGUUGAUGAGGAUGGUUUGGAUGUGGUUUAUUGGAGAAAACUUGAAGGUAAGAAAUUACCAGACAAGGAUUUCCAAAGGGAGGUUUUGGAUGGCACCCAAGAUAAAAUAGAAGAUGAUCAUGAGGAGAAUCAAAGGAAAAGAUCCGAGUCCAUUCAAGAAAUUCCUCUGCUUAGAGACAGAUCUUCAACUUCUCACAUGAAUAUAUUUCUUCCAGAAGAGUCAUAUACAAUCAUGAGAAUUCCACCUCCUGCUCCUCCUCCCAGUGUUCCUUCAUCAAUUGGAGGCUCUUCUACUCAAUCACCUUCUCCACCCUUUACUCCUUCAUCACCAAAACCACUCAACACUUCUUUCUCAUCAAUUUCAAACAUUACAAGUCCUGCACUACCAAUAACUGAUAUAAAUAAUCAAGCACCAGCACCACCUCCUCCACCACCAAUCGCAGGUAUAAAAAGCUCAGCACUGCCACCGCCUCCUCCACCAAUCCCAGUUAAAAAGAACUCGGCAGCAGCACCACCACCUCCUCCACCAAUCCCAAAUAAAAAGAACUCAGCAGCAGCACCACCUCCUCCACCAAUUCCUCCAAGAAAGAGUCCAGCACCACCUCCUCCUCCACCAAAAGCAAGUGGUUUGAAGUCAUCAUCAAAACCACCACCUACCCCUAUUGAAAGAACACCAAGUACCACAACUAGGCAAGGAAAUACUUCACCUGAGGUGAAACUGAAGCCAUUGCAUUGGGAUAAGGUGACUACCAACCUUGAUCACUCUAUGGUGUGGGACAAAAUGGACCGUGGUUCUUUCAGGGUUGAUGAUGAUCUUAUGGAAGCUCUCUUCGGGUUAGUUGCUACCAACCGAAAUGACAAUACCCCAAAAGUAAAUAACUCAAUGAGUCCUAGCAGGGAUGCUUUGGCUACUUCAGUGAAUACCUUCAUUCUUGACCCCAGAAAAUCACAAAACAUUGCUAUUGUUUUGAAGUCUCUGGCAGUCUCUCGUAAAGAAAUUAUUGAAGCACUCAUUGAUGGUCAAGGCCUUAACACAGACACCAUUGAAAAGCUUGGUAGAGUAGCCCCAACAGAAGAAGAGCAAUCACUUAUACUUGCACAUGAAGGAGACCCUUCAAAACUUGCUGCAGCUGAAUCUUUCCUACAUCACAUCCUCAAAGCUGUUCCUUCAGCAUUUAAGCGCUUGAGUGCUUUGUUAUUCAGGUUGAAUUAUGAUUCUGAGAUUGUAGAAAUCAAGGAGUUUCUGCAGACUCUUGAGCUGGGGUGCAAGGAGCUUCGAAACCAAGGAAUUUUUGUGAAGCUUCUUGAAGCAGUGCUUAAGGCUGGAAAUCGCAUGAAUGCAGGCACUCAAAGGGGUAAUGCUCAAGCUUUCAACUUGGCUUCUCUCAGAAAGCUCUCUGAUGUCAAGAGCACUGAUGGAAAAACCACAUUGCUUCACUUUGUGGUUGAAGAAGUAGUUCGUUCAGAAGGAAAACGUGCUGUUCUUAACCGCAAUCACAGUUUGAGUCGUAGUAGCAGUAGGAACAGCAACAGCAGUGUAGACUCUAAAAACUCUGCUGCUUCAAAUGAACAAAGACAAAGGGAAUACAUAACACUAGGAUUGCCAGUUGUAGGAGGGAUCAGUUCUGAGUUUCCCAACUUAAAGAAAGCUGCGGUUACAGAUUACAAAAGUUUUGUUGGUUCAAUCUCAUCACUCUCAGCCAGGAUUGUUGAGAUUAGAGAACUUGUUUCCAAGUGUGGAAAUGACAAGGGAGGAAACUUUGUGAGAGAAAUGAACAAUUUUCUUGAAAAUGCUGAGGAGGAACUUAGAUUAGUGAGGGAGGAGCAAACAAGGGUAAUGCAGCUUGUGAGAAGAACGACAGAUUAUUAUCAAGGAGGAGCUUCAAAAGAUAGUGUAGAAAACCCUCUUUAUCUAUUUGUCAUAGUUAAGGAUUUUCUGGGAAUGGUUGAUCAAGCAUGCAUUGAGAUUGCUCGUAACAUGCAGAAGAGGAAGACACCUAAGGUAAAUUAAGGGGUCACAUUGCAAGGUUUAAUAUAGCAGAUAAUCCAAGUCAAGGAUUGGUCUAAUUCAUUCAACUUUUUUCUAUUGGACCAUUUACACAUGGGAGCUGAAGUGCUAAAAGUCAGAGUUCAAAGUGAUUACUUGCGUUGUUCCAUUGUUGGCUCAUCAGAGAGGACCUUGUGCUGCUAAGUGCUAACCAUUGGAGGCUUAGAAAUACUGUGAAAGCAGUGCGUGCUUUUGCAUUGAUAUGUACCAGUUUGUGUCAGGCAAAUUCAGAAGCUAAAACCAUUCUUGUAACCUUAUCAUUUUUUCCAAAUUUUAACCUCUAAAUGUACGUGUCACAUGCACAGAGAACUAUUGUUCUUGAGCAUUUUUAAGUCUCGUGUAUAUAUAGAUCUUAGAUUCUUUUGUCAUCAACCAGAAGUCCGUAACCUGAUCCGUUUCUUCUCAUUUUCCAUUGUAUUUGCUAGUUCAAUGAAAGGAUGUUCUUUUAUUUAUCA